AUGAAAGAAAAAUUUCCCGGAAAAGUGAUUCUCUCUGUUGAGGAAAUUGCACAUUGCUUUACAGAGUUUCAUGUGUUUGACGUUCGAUAUAAUCUCAGCAACAAAGAUUAUGGUAUGAACGAGUACACAAAGGCCCACAUUCCGCGAGCCACCUUCGCUGACCUGGACGAGUCCCUUUGCGGGCCCCUCACCAACACCACCGCACGCCAUCCUCUGCCCGAUGUACAUGUGUUCAUUGAUUGGUGCAAGGCCAACGGCAUCAGCCCGCAAAGGCCAGUGCUCUGCUAUGAUGAUCAGUGCGGUGGAAUGGGUGCUUGCCGUAUGUGGUGGAUGCUGCACGCCCUGGGCGUUGAGGCUUAUGUGUUGAAUGGCGGCUUUGAUGCGUACCGUGCGGCGGAACUCCCAGUGGAAUCGGGCCCACAGAAAGAAAAGCCGCAGCCAGUGGAAAGUUGGCCGUACGGCACUGUCUUUAAACGUGCCCUCACCAUUGACGAGGUGCCACCGAAUGCGUUGUUGGUAGACUCACGUGUGAUGGAGCGGUUUUCGACUACCGUGCGUCCAUAUGCGCAGGACACAAUGGCUGGACACAUUGAAAACGCCGUGUGUGUGCCGUGGAACGCAAACAUUGUGGUGGACAACCACCGCAAACGCCUUCGACCAGACGAUGAGUGUCGCAGUAAUUUACUGAGGGCCCUCAAAGGUGCAUGGGGUGCGGGGAAGCCGGAUCUUUCCAAUUGUGUGUUUUACUGCGGCAGCGGCGUGACGGCGACUCUCAACAUUGCGCUGCUGUGCCACUUGGGUCUUGGCGAGCCGUAUUUGUAUUGCGGCUCCUGGUCUGAGUAUACGGGCCGCUUUGCAUUUGCCAUAACUCGUCACAUUGUGGAGCAAUACGGGAUGUAUUUCAAGAUGCUCUCAGCCAACCUUGGUGAGAACCCAAAGGCGGCGAUGAGUACUGCUCUCAUUAUGGUGGAUGGAUCGGUGGUGGACGUUACGGACGCUGAAGUGGAGUCGGCUGUGAAACACAUGCAUAUUGGAGAAAAAGCAGAAGUGUUUUUUAAGAGCGGACGUACGGUUGUCAUUGAAGUGACACCUCGUGUAUAG